GCCAACCGCCCAUAAAUGCACAGAGGAGUUCCUGUUGUUGAAUGACUAAAGACUAUUGAGCCAAUGAUUUAUUUAAUACAAUGUUCGGUUAGCUUCGUUUCUGUCCGCAUUGGCUGAUGUGGAGAAGCGGAACCGCUGUCACCGUUUUUAUCGCUGUUGCUGCUUUUUACACCACUUUUCUCUACGAAGAAACAGAAACAGAAGACAGAAUGUCCUCCACGCUUCCCCGUCAUGUCAUCUGGGAGUCAGAGGGGCUGGUGGCCUACCUUCAUCCCCGGCCCUGGACUCCAGGCUCUGUUAUCCUGGAGCGCAGCAAUCCUGGCAGACCGGGAGGCAGCAUCUUCCACCUGGAGGAGCCCGAAUACUUAUCCUGGCUGCUGGGGGCGAGAACCAUCGCAGAGCUGCUGUGCGACAGGCUCGGGGUUCGGAGGUGUGCUCUGGUCGCCAGACCUCACAGAGACAGACCUGCCCAGAUCAGUGUCCUCCCUCUGCAUGGCCUGGAUGCAGAGUGGCGCCCUCACCUGGCAGGAGAUGAGGAGCACAAUGCCCACGAUCCAGGAUUCUGCACCUCCAAGACUGCUCCCCGAUGGAGUGACCCCAGCCUGACUGAAAUCCAAACCAAGAUUCGAGCCAAGCUCCCGGUCCCUGAUGCCCCACACAAUGUGACGUUCCUCGGGGACGAUCCAGCUCACCCUGGCCUGUUCUCACGCAUUGUUCGCGGGGAGGAGCAACAGUGGCGGGUGUGGGACGACGAGGGUCACGUGGCCUUUCUCACUCCUUUCCCAAACUCCCCCGGCUUUACUGUGCUGGUCCCACGCCGACCUUUGACCUCGGAUAUAUUCAGACUAGAAAAGAAGGAUUAUGAGGGGUUGGUGCUGGCGACCCGGAAGGUGUCGCGGCUUCUGGAGGAGGGGUUGAGUGCCUGGGGGGUUGGGCUUAUUUUUGAGGGUUUUGAGAUUGACUACGCUCAUGCCAAGUUGAUCCCGCUGCUCUCACCCUCAUCUUCAGGGGGAGGAGAUGACAAAACUAAACCACGACCUCCCCAGUUCCACCCCACUUACCCUGGAUAUGUGACCUCAGAAGACGGGCCUGAAGCCAGCCUGGACAGCCUGAAGGAGGUACACACCAAAAUUACUGUGUAAAACUGUUACUUAUAGUUUGAUUCCUACUCAUGUGCUAAACUCACUCAAGUGUUAACAUGAUCAGUAUAACAGUUUGAAUCCUUCUCAACCUUUAGGAAUUAACAAGGGGUGUCAGAAAUAACAGAAACACCUUGAAAAUGUCCUGAUGCAAACAGGAAGUCAUGGUUCAGGGGUGUUGAUUGGGCAGAAAAUGACAAAAAUAGCAUAUUCUCGCCAAUUAUGUAUAAUGAAAUUAUUUUGCUUUAUUAAUAGGCUGCAGGUGCAUCCAAGAUUGAGACAAUGUUUACAAAACUCACAUGAAAAUGUCCCCCCAAUUUAACAUUAAAUCACAUUCCUCUAAGACUA